UACUAGAGUUGAAGAAAGGCUCUUCGUUAGCAGAUAGCCGCCUCUUCUCAGCCUCUAAUCUCUUCAAAACAUGAUCAUACCAGAAAAGAACCGCCGUGAGAUAUCCAAGUACCUCUUUCAAGAGGGGGUUUGCUACGCCAAGAAAGAUUACAACUUGGCGAAACACCCAGAAAUCGAUGUUCCAAAUCUUCAAGUAAUAAAGCUGAUGCAAUCCUUUAAAUCCAAGGAAUAUGUCCGUGAAACGUUUGCUUGGAUGCAUUAUUACUGGUACCUUACAAAUGAUGGCAUUGAAUUCUUGAGGACUUACCUUAAUCUUCCCUCUGAGAUUGUUCCUGCAACUUUGAAGAAACAAACUAGGCCCGGUGGUGGUCGUCCCAUGGGUCCUUCUGAUAGCCGCCCACGUGGACCACCGCGCUUUGGUGAUGGUGAGAGGAGAUUUGGUGACAGAGAUGGGUACCGUGGAGGUCCACGAGAAGGAGGUGAUUUUGGUGACAAGGGAGGGGCUCCUGCUGAUUAUCAGCCUUCAUUCAGGGGCCCUGGUUCAAGGCCUGCCUUUGGUCGUGGAGGUGGUGGUUAUGGUGGUGCUAGCUCUGCUGGUGCGGCGAGUCUCCCUUGAGAAUGAAGGUGUAUUGGCACUUUUAGUUCGUUUG